UCGUGAAGUUUUCCACCCAAUGCUAACAACAAUGGAGGAGAGGUUAAUAGCUGCGGUGUCCGACUACCCAGAGUUGUACAAUUCUACAAUAAAUUCAUAUAAAGACGCUGCGAGAAAAGCUAAAGCGUGGAGAGCUGUGAGUCUGCAAGUUGAAAUACCAGAAGAGGACUGUCGCAGGAGAUGGAAGAGCUUACGGGACAUGUUCAUUAAAGAUAAACGUGCAGAGCAGCGCAGGCGAGCGUCAGGAACGGUGCACCGCAGCUGGAAGUACAGCUGGCAGAUGUCUUUCCUCACGCCCUUCAUCCAGUCCAGAUCGCUGGCCGCAGACGAGCCCGAGGAAGACCGAGAUGAUGAAGACAAGGAGGAGGAGAGGACGGCUGACGGAAACUCUUCGUUUGUCGACCAGGACUUUGAGGGGGACCACGAGAUGCUGGACGGAUCGUCGCAGUACAGCGCGUCUGGAUCGCAAGGACCUGGACGCAAGCGGAAAUGGCAGAUGGAGGGAACGGAGGACUUGGAGGACGAAAUGUUCUUGUUUAGUCUUCUGCCGUAUCUGAGACGUCUGCCUUACGCUAAGAAAAGUGCGGUGAAAUUAAAAAUUCACCAGCUGUUGUACGAGGCAGAGUUUAAGUGAUGUUCUAUAGCUUUUAUUCAUAUUUUUCUAUCUUUUAUUGAUCUUGAAAUUCUAUCCAUUGAAUUUUUAACAUCCAAAACACAUACUGUAUCGGCGCUGGUAUGUUGCUUGUUUCAUCAAAGAUGAAAUUAUUAAACGGACAUGUACACUCUGAGAA